UACAACCUGCUGUCGGGGUGUCUGUGGUCGUUCGCCCUGCUGAACGUGGUUGCCACGGCAGGCGUGUUCGGCGACCUGCGCACGGUGUUCAAGCUCACCCACGUGUGGACCACCGCGAUCCAGCUGCUUGCCGUCGUGGAGAUCUACAACUCGGCCACGGGGCUCGUGCGGUCGCCGCUCUUCACGACCGUGAUGCAGGUCACGUCGAGGCUCGUCGUCGUCCUCGGCGUCUGGACCCUGCUCCCGGAGGCGGCGGGCAACGCGUCCUACGCGUACCUGUCCGUGCACGUGGCCUGGGGGCUCGCCGAGGUCGUCCGCUACUACUACUACGCCACCAACCUCAUGUCGCAGCAGCAGGGCAACCCGACCACCGUCCCGCCCACCCUCGAGUGGCUCCGCUACAACGCCUUCAUUGUGCUCUACCCUCUGGGCAUAUCCUCCGAGUGCUACAUGAUCUACUACGCCGUGGCCGCCGCUGCCGCCAGAGAUGGCGUCUUCUUUGCCGCCUACGCCCUCUUCCUCUGCCUCACCCUUGUGCUCUACGUCCCGGGGACGGUCGUCCUUUUUUCCCACAUGCUCAAGCAGCGCGCGAAGUUCAACGCUCAGCGCAGACAGGCGCCAGCGAAAAAGACGCUG